UGGAUGCAACGCUUUUGAUUAAUGUCCAGGGGCUGCUCCUGCUGUGAUCCUCCAAACCUCUUUGCUCUGCGGAGGAGGCCGCUCAUUUCCUACAGGCAGGGUCCCUCUUCCUUACUGGAAAAGAGCCCUUACUGGUGGGCGGGAAGAGGAAAGUUGCUGCAUAGCCCGGGAGCCUGCCUUAGUCCCUUAGGUGCCCUCUCCGUAAAGGAAGCGCGCGGGCGCUUGGAUUGUUUUCUUUUCCGAACUUCGUAGGGGGUAGGGGGUGGGUGGCAGUGGGGUCUUUUUCCUCGACGGCCGCCUUAGGAAGAAAGAGAAAAGUUCUAGCGGCGCUUCUUUUGGAGAGGAGAGAAAUAAUGACAGAAGAAAGCAAAGGGGAAGGGAAAGGCGAGAGCGGGAAGGACCCGGAGAAGCAGCUGCGCCUGCGGGUGUGCGUUUUGAAUGAGCUGCUGAAGACGGAGCGCGACUAUGUGAACACCUUGGAGUUUUUGGUGUCGGCAUUCCUUCACAGAAUAAUGCAGUGUGCUAUUACUAAGAUUGAUAAAAAUGUAACUGAGGAAGCAGUUAAGACAUUGUUCUCAAAUAUUGAAGAUAUUCUAGAAGUUCACAAAAACUUCCUAUCUAGGAUUGAAGAAUGUCUGCAUCCCGAACCUAAUUCGCAACAAGAAGUGGGAUCCUGCUUUCUCCACUUUAAAGACAGAUUUCGUAUCUAUGAUGAAUACUGCAGCAAUCAUGAAAAAGCACAAAAGCUUUUGCUUGAACUUAACAAAAUAAAAACAGUGCGGACAUUUUUACUGAACUGCAUGUUGUUAGGAGGACGGAAGAGUACAGAUGUACCUUUAGAAGGUUAUUUGGUAACACCAAUCCAGAGAAUAUGCAAGUAUCCUCUUUUUUUGAAGGAAUUGUUAAAGCGCACUCCCAAAAAGCACAGUGACUACUCUACCUUAAUGGAAGCUCUCCAAACAAUGAAGGCUGUUUGUUCCAACAUAAAUGAAGCCAAGAGACAAAUGGAAAAAUUAGAGGUUUUAGAGGAAUGGCAAUCUCACAUUGAAGGAUGGGAGGGAUCUAACAUCACAGACACUUGCACAGAAAUGCUGAUGUGUGGAGUUUUGUUGAAAAUCUCAGCAGGAAACAUACAAGAACGAGCGUUCUUUCUUUUUGACAAUCUUUUGGUCUACUGCAAAAGAAAGCAUAGACGAUUGAAAAACAGCAAAGCAUCUUCAGAAGGUCAUCGAUAUCUUUUCCGAGGCAGAAUAAAUACAGAGGUGAUGGAAGUUGAGAAUGUUGAUGAUGGCACAGCUGAUUAUCAUAGCAGUGGUCACAUUGUUCUCAAUGGUUGGAAGAUACACAACACAGCAAAGAAUAAAUGGUUUGUGUGUAUGGCCAAAACAUCUGAAGAAAAGCAUGAAUGGCUUGAAGCUAUCCUAAAAGAAAGGGAAAGAAGAAAAGGGUUAAAACUUGGUAUGGAACAAGAUACGUGGGUGAUGAUCUCUGAACAAGGAGAAAAACUUUACAAAAUGAUGUGCAGACAAGGCAAUUUGAUCAAAGACCGAAAGAGAAAAUUAACUACUUUUCCAAAAUGUUUCCUUGGAAAUGAGUUUGUAUCUUGGUUAUUGGAAAGUGGAGAGAUUCACAGACCUGAAGAAGGUGUUCAUCUUGGUCAGGCUUUGUUAGAGAAUGGCAUUAUCCAUCAUGUUACAGACAAACAUCAGUUUAAACCUGAACACAUGCUCUAUAGAUUCCGUUAUGAUGAUGGCACAUAUUAUCCAAGAAAUGAAAUGCAGGAUGUAAUUUCAAAGGGUGUAAGAUUAUAUUGUCGCCUGCACAGUCUGUUUACUCCUGUAAUAAGAGAUAAAGAUUACCAUUUAAGAACCUACAAAUCUGUCAUAAUGGCUAAUAAAAUGAUAGACUGGCUAAUUGCACAGGGGGAUUGCAGAACAAGAGAAGAAGCAAUGAUCUUUGGAAUAGCACUUUGUGACAAUGGAUUUAUGCAUCAUGUGCUGGAAAAAAGUGAAUUCAAAGAUGAACCACUUCUAUUUCGUUUUUUUGCGGAUGAAGAAAUGGAAGGCUCCAACAUGAAACACAGACUUAUGAAGCAUGACUUAAAAGUAGUGGAAAAUGUAAUCGCAAAAUCAUUGUUGAUCAGAUCAAGUGAUGGAACUUAUGGUUUUGGUUUGGAAGACAAAAACAAAGCACCAAUAGUUAAAACAGUAGAAAAGGGCUCAAAUGCUGAGGUGGCAGGUCUGGAAAUUGGGAAAAAGAUCUUUGCCAUUAAUGGUGACCUAGUUUUUCUAAGGCCUUUCACUGAAGUGGAUAGUUUUCUGAAAGCAUGUUUAAACACUAAAAAGCCCCUCAGGGUACUUGUGAGCACAAAACCAAGGGAGACAGUUAAGAUUCCUGAUUCUGUGGAUGGUCUUGGAUUCCAGAUUCGAGGCUUUGGCCCUUCUGUUGUUCAUGCUGUUGGAAAAGGAACUGUGGCAGCUACUGCUGGGCUUCAUCCUGGACAGUGCAUAAUCAAAGUGAAUGGAAUUAAUGUCAGCAAAGAAACACAUGCAAGUGUUAUUGCCCAUGUGACAGCCUGCAGGAAAUACAGACGUCCAAUGCAUCAAGAUUCUAUUCAAUGGAUAUAUAACAACAUUGACAGUGCUCAGGAGGAUUUUCAGAAAACAAAUGCUAAACCACUGGGUGAGGAUGGAGGAGAUACAUUUAAUUACAAAGUUGAAGAAGCAAUUGAUAAAUUUAAUACUAUGGCAAUAAUUGAUGGAAGAAAGGAUCAUGUCUGCCUCACUGUUGAUAAUGUUCAUCUGGAAUAUGGUGUUGUUUACGAGUAUGAUAGCACUGCUGGAAUAAAAUGCCAUGUUUUAGAGAAAAUGAUUGAACCAAAAGGCUUUUUCAGUCUGACUGCAAAGAUCCUUGAAGCUCUAGCAAAAAGUGACGAGCAAUUUGUGCAAAACUGUAGCAGCUUAAAUAGUAUACAUGAAGUAAUUCCUACCAAUCUUCAGAGCAAAUUCAGUUCCAUUUGCACUGAAAAAAUAGAGCACAUUUGCAGAAGGAUUACAAGUUAUAAAAAGUUUUCACGAGUCCUAAAAAAUCGAGCUUGGCCUACCUUCAAGCAAGCUAAGUCAAAAAUCUCACCACUGCACAGCAGUGAUUUCUGUCCGACUAACUGCCAUAUCAAUGUUAUGGAAGUCUCAUAUCCUAAAACGUCAACCUCACUUGGCAGUGCCUUUGGUGUUCAACUAGAUAGCAGGAAACAUUUUUCACAUGAAAAAGAAAACAGACAUAUGGAGCAAGGUAAACUGAAUCCCAUGGUUUAUGUACAACAUACUAUAACAACCAUGGCCGCUCCAUCAGGUCACUCAUUAGGUCAACAGGAUGGCCAUGGUUUAAGAUACCUGUUAAAAGAAGAAGAUUUAGAAAAACAAGACGUCUAUGAGAAACUAUUAUGCAAAUUACAAAGUACAUUAAAGGAGGUGGAAAAUUGUGUAUUUCAAAUAGAUGACCUUCUCUCUUCAAUAACAUAUUCUCCAAGUUCACAAAAUAAAAACCAUGAAUUGUUAAUGUCAACAGACAGUGAUAACGAAAAAGGAGAACGCAAUGGGAAAAAAGUAUGCUUCAAUGUAAGUGAUGAUCAGGAAGAUUCUGGUCAUGACACUAUAAGCAACCGGGAUUCAUAUAGUGAUUGCAACAGCAACCGGAAUUCUACUGCUUCUUUCACCAGUAUUUGCAGUAGCCAAUGUAGUUCUUAUUUUCAUAGCGAUGAAAUGGAUUCAGGUGAUGAACUUCCUCAGAGUAUCUGCAUUUCUCAUGAUAAGCAGGAUAAACUUUAUGGUUGCUUGGAGCAUCUUUUUGGUCAGGUAGAUUCAAUUAUUCAUCUGUUAAAAGGUCCAACAGUGGCAAGAGCUUUUGAGCAAACCAAGUUCUUUACUCCUGGUCGAAGUUUUCAAGAAUUUCAGCAAGAAAUUGAACUUAAGGUGACCUGCCCAAAGAAACUGAGGCGUCAUAUUAAACAAGAUCCUUGGAAUCUUCCCAGCAGUGUUCAAAACCUUUCUCAAAGCAUCCGAAAAUUUGUUGAAGAGGUAAAAGCAAGAGUCCUUCUGGCACUUCUUGAAUACACAGAUAGUGAGAUACAGCUCAGGAGAGACAUGGUCUUUUGCCAGAGUCUAGUAGCUACAGUUUGUGCAUUUUCCGAGCAAUUAAUGGCUGCCUUAAAUCAAAUGUUUGACAAUGGCAAGGAGUAUGAAAUGGAAACACAAGAGACCAGUAGGAGAUGGUUGGAACAGAUAUCUACUGCAGGUGUCCUCCUUUACUUCCAGUCACUGCUGUCACCAAACCUGACUGAUGAACAAGCUAUGCUAGAAGAUACAUUGAUUGCAUUAUUUGACUUGGAGAAAGUUACAUUUUAUUUUAAACAUUCUGAACAGGAACCUUUAAUAGCAAAUAUGCCAAUCACAUUUCAAGCAGAAGGAAGUCGGCAAGCUAUGAAAAUUUAUUUUUAUCUUGAUAUUUACAAUUUUGAACAGCUUCCUCAAAGGCUGAAAAAUGGUGGAGGUUUUAAACUUUACCCAGUUCUAUUUGCACAAGCCCUGGAAAGUAUGGAAGGAUAUUAUUAUAGAGACAAUGUAUCAGUAGAAGAAUUUCAAGCCCAGAUUAAUGCAGCUUCAUUGGAAAAAGUAAAACAAUAUAAUCAAAAACUCAGAGCAUUUUAUCUGGACAGAUCAAAUCUUCCUCCUAAUUCAACAUCAAAAGCUGCUUAUAUUGAUAAGCUAAUGAGGCCUGUAAAUUCUUUGGAUGAGCUUUACCGACUAAUGGCGUCUUUCAUAAGAUCCAAGCGCACAGCAGCCUGUGCUUACACAGCUUGUGGUGCUUCUGGAGUUGGACUACUGUCCGUCUCUUCAGAACUUUGCAGCCGGUUGGGAGCUUGUCACAUCGUCUUAUGCAACAGUGGAGUUCAUCGUUGUACUCUGAGCAUCACUUUAGAGCAAGCAAUAAUUCUUGCUCGGAGUCAUGGUCUACCUCCUCGCUAUAUCCUCCAAGCUACAGAUGUGAUGCGCAAGCAAGGAGCAAGAGUUCAAAAUACUGCAAAGAAUUUAGGAGUUAGGGACCGAACACCACCAUCUGCUCCAAGAUUGUACAGACUGUGUCAGCCCCCCCCACCUGUUGGAGAUGAGUAAAGAUUCUUAUCUGAGGAUUAAACAAUGUACCAGUUUCCACAAAGAGAAGGAUAAUAGUAUUUUGAGUAUGGAUACAGAGCCCUUUCUUCUUAAAUGUGACUAUGUAAAUAAAGAGUAAUGACUUCUGUUGGGGAAAAAUAAUAUCUGGACUUAUUGUGCAUGUUCUGUGAAUGUAUUCCUUCGGCUGUUUUAAAUGCUUGAUUCAGCAAUACCAAUUGUUCAACUAAGUAUGGGCAGGAACAUGAAAAAAAAAACCCCACUGGAAAAAUACUACAUUAUACUAUUUCAAAAAAGCAACAUCUUCAUCCAUAGGGUAAUCAUUAAUGCUCUGAUGAAAGAGAUAUUCUAUACUGAAAUGCUUUCCUAAUGCAUAUCUCAAAUAGUCAUAGAAACUCUACUGCCUGCCUUGGCAACAGUAUAUUUUAAUGUAAGAAAUUCAAUUUGUUUCAUCUGAGGUGAGAGACUGAAGCAACAGAUGGAACUGAUGAAUCAAAAUUAUGUUCAGUGCCCUAAUUCAUAUAUUGUUCAAUGGCUUUCGACAGGAAUCUUUCCUGUAAUAGCAAACGGUGAGCAUUUGUAGAAAAUUCAACUGAGAUACUCAAUCUUACUCAUUUUUCUACCUCAGUUGUUUACAUGAAAUCACAAACUUUGACUAAGAAAAACAUCCAGUUAACAUAAGUGUUUUAACUCAAAAUUAUAUUUCAUCAAACUAACUGAAAAAUGAAUGUUUUAUUAAGGUCUUAAAAUUAAGGCAUAAUUUUUAAAAUAACACACUAAUAGCUAUAUUCCAUUCUUUCCCUAACAUUCAAGAUUUGAUUUGCAGGGACCAUAUAUAUAGUUUGCCUUAAUUUUACAGUGUUGUGUGAAUCUACUGUGAUUAAAAAGAAAGCCUUAAAUCCUUUUUGUAACUUGUUUGUCUAAACAACAGUCUAGCUUAUUCAGUUCUAAACUAACAGCUGACCUAGAGUCUUACAGCCAUUAGUCUUAUAGCCCACCAUAAAGGAAAAAAUAUUGCAAUAUACUGUAUCACGAUAUGUCACGUGACGCUAUCAGGUUUGACAUUCAUGCUCUAUACUAUUAGGAUUAACUUAAAAAUAGAAAAAAUAGGUUUUGUUUUAGAAACCAAUGGAGUAAGGUAAGGGUUAGCAUUCCCAUUCCACAUACAGGCCUUGAAAUCCAAUCAGUAUACAACUGGUGUUUUUUUUCAGACAAUUUUUACAUACAUGAAAACUAUACCAAAGGGGUAUGUUUAUGGAGAUUCUCAGUCAUCCAAGUCAUAGUUAUCCAAAAGAUGCUUUUUCAUGAGGCAACUGGACUUUCUUGUUUUUCUUUGAAGACGUUUCACUUCUCAUCCAAAAAGUUUCUUCAGCUCUGACUGGAUGGUGGGGGCUCAAAAGGGAAAAAAUCUAUGAAAAAUUGGUUACCUUUGUUUCUGUUAUCUAGGUUCCAUUGACUUAAAUGAAUUUAUGCUUAAUUAACAUUAAGCCAGACUUAAUACAUUGUGAUACUUGUCUAAAUGUAUUAUAGUAUAUAUCAAGCAACAGAUAUUGUAACGAUGCAAAAAAUAUCUGUAUCCCAUUCCCAUAAAAACAGAUUUUUCUGGCAAGAAAGGUCUAGAUUGAACGUGCAAUUGAAUAUAUAUUUUCAAAAUAAAGUUUCCCUGAAUUCAAUGAGUCCCAACUAAUAAAGGAUUUCAAAUGAACAAGCCUCUGUCUGAUCCAGUAGAAAUUGUUGUGUUUUAUAUUAAUUCAUAUAAACUGCUUAUUAGGUUAUAUCUAUUAAGGAAUGGAAGGGAAUAAAUAAAAAUAACAUGAAUUCUGGCAUUUAUUCAGUGACUAGUUUUUAAUUAGGAAAAAAACACUGUGGAAUUGUAAGUUUCUGUUAUAAUACAAGUUUUUAAUCCAACAAAAGGCUAGUAUAGUUCUAUAUUGUUAGAUCAUGCUGUCACACUGAUUUCCCAAGAGCUUGGAAGUAAAAAUUAAUAACUAUUUCUUCCUAUCCCUGUAUUUUCUUGAAUGACAAGAAGGCAAAUGGCGAAGUUUAAUAUAUAUGUGCAUUUUGGAUAAAAAGAAAUUACCACAACAUGCAAAUGCUGGUCCUGUAACAAAGUAAUCAAGUGAUCAAUCACAAUAUUGUUUCACUGUAAGGAAUCAGUGCAGUAUUUUCUAAUCAAAAGUGAAUGCAUUAUACUGUUUGCUUCAUCAUAGCUAUUAGCUAUAUUACAUUCUUUAUCAGCACAAUAGCAAACAGUAAAUUAUAUAUAAAUACAUGCCAGAUUAAAAAUACUAAAUUACAGUAAAAAGCUUAAAUGAAAAUGUUAAAUAGCAGUGGGAAUUUAUACUCAUAUAUGUAGUAUAAAAUCAAACACAAUGAAGUCCAGAUGUUUUUGAAUGAUACAUUAUAGAUCAAAACAAAACAAAACAAAUACUUUACUUUUUAAUAUCCAAAGGCAUGUUUCACUUACUGAAUUUCAAGUAUCCUUUGCUUAUGUUUCUUUAAAAAUCUGAACUUUUUUGGUAUUUAAAUGUGUCCAGAUUGUACAUUUGCAGCAUUUAAAUUCUAAAAUAUAAUAUAUCAAAUCCCUGAAAUGUAAAAGAGAGUUGCCCUUUAAGUUAGUUUUCAGUUUCCACUUUGACUGGACAAGGGAUCUGUCCUUCAGUCAAAAAUAUUUGCCUAUGUAGCAGUAGCAUUUUUUUUUGCCCUGAUAUUUGUAAUUUCUGGUUCAGGAAGUAGCACUGUAUUUGUAAUCUUUGGAAUGUCUUUAGAAAUGUGUUGUUAAUUUACACUUCUAGUCUUUCAAAAUGGAAAUGUUUUGGUUUGAUGGUAAAAAGAAACUAGGGAUUAUCUACUGGUACUACUGAUAAAAUAAGCCUUUAUCAAGGAAGCUUGAUAAACUUUACAUAUCUUUAAUAUUUUGUUCUUACUCAGCCCCCAGUCCUGAUCAGUUCUAGGUUAUUUGGGUAGAUCAAGUUGCAUAAUUCAUUUAUUUUUUUAGAAGUUGUGGUAUCAGCAUUUGAUGACUUCUGUCCUAAAAUGUUAAUGUAUUUUCAAAAGGCCACUGGAAAAAUCUCAUUCCUCAUGCAAUAGAAAAAUCUCAUUCCAAAUGUGAUAGGAAGAACCAUUUUCAGGUUAGAAAUAUUUUCAUACAAGUGAAAUCCUGCCUUUUACUCUCCCACCAGAUUAAAAAAAAACCUGCCCUACAGUUCAUUGGAACAAUUAUUAUUAUAUUCCAACAGUGCCUAGAAAUAUUUCUACCUUUAAUACACAACCUGCUUGCUAUUGGCUAUGGCCAUAUCGUUACUAUUACAUUUGACUGUAUUUCCAUUAACUCAUGUACAUGUCUUUAUUUUAAAUAUCACAGCAAUAUUAUUUAAUUUGUAAGAAAUAAAUCAAUGCUUAUGCCUUUUGUCAGAAAAAAACCUUUUUUGUUUUAGCAGUGUUAGGUUAUGCAGAAGAAUAUAUUUUUUUAAUUACUCAAACUUAAGUCUAGAACACUGCUGUGUUUUUGCAAAAGAAAAAUAGUACAUGAAAACAUUUACAAAAUACAUUAAUAGCUUAACUGUCUUCAGUAUAUUAUUUUGUAUGUCAACUUUUGUUUCAUAACAUUGAUAAAUAAAAAUAAAACCUCUUUA